UCGUCGACGUGUGUUUUCUGCGAGUGUUUCCUGAGAAAAAAAUGAGUUUUUCUCUGUAAAUUCGCAUUUAAUUGUAUUAAUAGUCUCAUCAGCAAUGAAAUACCCUUCAGUCGUUGCGUUUAUAUUACUAAUAGUGGCUGUGACUUGUGAUGAACAUUCACAUAUUUAUGAAGACCACGAAGAGGUGGUUCUCUGGAUGAACACUGUGGGGCCGUACCAGAACCGCCAGGAGACGUACGCCUACUUCUCCCUGCCUUUCUGCGCCGGCACCAAGCAGAGCAUCAGCCACUAUCACGAGACGCUGUCGGAAGCGCUCCAGGGCGUGGAGCUGGAGUUCAGCGGAUACGACAUUGACUACAAAGAUGACGUCCAGGAGUCUCCCGUGUGCAUGGUGGAUCUAACGGAGGACAAGCUGAAGGCCUUCAUCUAUGCCACGAAGAACGAUUACUGGUACCAGAUGUACAUCGACGGUCUGCCGAUCUGGGGAAAGGUGGGCGGCCUGGACGAGAGCACGGGCAAGUACUACAUCUUCGCGCACAAGCGCUUCGAGAUCGGCUACAAUGGCAAGAGGAUUGUGGACGUGAAUCUGAGCACGGAGCGAAAGGAGAUCCUGACGCUGGGCAGCAAGAUUCAAUUCACGUAUGAAGUGAAGUGGAAGUCCAGUUCGGUGAAGUUUGAGAAUCGCUUCGACAAGUACUUGGAUCCGAACUUCUUCCAGCAUCGCAUCCACUGGUUCAGCAUCUUCAACAGCUUCAUGAUGGUGAUCUUCCUCGUGGGUCUCGUGUCGAUGAUCCUCAUGCGCACGCUGCGCAAGGACUACGCGCGCUACAGCAAGGACGAGGAGAUGGACGACAUGGAGCGCGAUCUGGGCGAUGAGUAUGGCUGGAAGCAGGUCCAUGGGGAUGUCUUCCGGUCGCCGUCGAACACGCUCAUGUUCUCAUCACUGAUUGGCGCCGGAUAUCAACUCACGUCUGUCGUUCUCUGUGUCAUCAUCUUCGCUAUUCUCGGGGAAUUGUACACUGAACGAGGAUCAAUGCUGUCCACGGCGAUCUUCGUGUACGCCGCUACAUCGCCCAUCAACGGCUACUUCGGCGGCUCUCUGUAUGCGCGCCUGGGCGGGAAAGUGUGGAUCAAGCAGAUGCUCGUCUCUGCCUUCCUCAUUCCCGUCUUCGUGUGCGGCACGGCGUUCUUCAUCAACUUCAUUGCCAUCUACUAUCACGCGUCGCGCGCCAUUCCGUUCGGCACGAUGUUGGCCAUCACGUGCAUAUGCAUCUUCGUGAUUCUGCCGCUCACGCUGAUCGGCACUGUUGUGGGGCGCAAUCUCGACGGCCAGCCGGACUAUCCGUGCCGCGUGAAUGCCGUGCCGCGGCCGAUUCCCGAGAAGAAGUGGUUCAUGGAGCCACUAGUUAUCAUCUUGCUGGGCGGCGUGUUGCCCUUCGGAUCGAUCUUCAUUGAAAUGUACUUUAUCUUCACGUCGUUCUGGGCAUACAAAAUCUACUACGUCUACGGAUUCAUGCUGCUGGUUUUCCUCAUUCUCAUGGUGGUCACAGUUUGCGUUACAAUUGUCUGCACUUACUUCCUUCUCAAUGCUGAGGACUAUCGGUGGCAAUGGACGAGUUUCCUGUCGGCUGGCUCAACGUCCAUCUACGUCUACAUCUAUUCCUUCUACUAUUUCUUCUUCAAGACCAAGAUGUACGGUCUGUUCCAGACGACCUUCUACUUUGGCUACAUGGCACUGUUCAGUGGAGCUCUCGGGAUAAUGUGCGGAACAGUCGGUUACAUUGGGACGAAUGUGUUUGUGCGGAAGAUAUAUUCAAAUGUGAAAAUAGAUUAAGCAGAAAAACCCUUUGGGAUGGAUGAG